AUGGUGCACCCCGCAGCUCACGAAGUCAAGUGUGAGUGAUCUGCGUUCUGCAUUCACAUUGCAGCAGCGAGAGGGCUACAUUGAAGAUUUGUUAGAGGAGGAUCCGAGCGAUUGUCGAUCGAGGAAUGGUGCAGGCAGGCUCCAAUCAUGAAUGCGAAUAUCUUUGUGGAAGUGUGGAAACGCGGGUAGGCACGACACCUAAGCGCGUCACACAAUGCAGCAGCAGGGUGCGCUUGCGCUUUGUAUAGUGCGUGAUGGCACGUAACAUACCUCAAACCUGACUCACGACGAUUGAGCCUUGCAAUUUGAGUGACCACCUUCUGACCCUACAUCUACCAACCCUCCUGAUCACCACCUACGUUCGGCAUCAUUCGUAGUGCUAUCAGCCUGUCUGCCUGCGUAUCACGCUCAAGUCUUUGGUCGCUUCACCACUCAUCGCCGAGCCGAUAGCACCCUGAUCUUCACACCUCGUUCGCCCGCUUGCGCAGCGUUUGAUCCUAAUCCCAGUUCGACUCCGACUGUGAACCAUCAGCCGACCGCUACUGGCCAUCGACACUCUGGCGUUACGCUUCGGACUCAAAAGCUCUGAUCUUUGCCACCGCACGCGCUCGAGAAGCCUGCUACAAAAUGGCCAAUCCAGCUCCUCAGUCCAAGAGGGGCUCCGUGACUUCGCUCGCCACUUCAGAGAAUCCGAGUGCACCUGAUGGUGAGUUCCAUGUCGCUUCAUAACUUCUCGAUUCAUGAAGUGGGUUAGUGUUGUGCUCCUGGCUUCAAAAGCGCGCAGGCUGGCGAGGCAGUCGUACAGACGAAUCCCGCAGUCGUUCUUGUGACUCUAGGAAGGUGGAGAGCGACGUGGAGCCAUGUUCAUUUGGUCGAGUCGUGCGACCCUUCACUGUGUGGGGGCAUCUCGAGCGCGAUGUCCGUGCAGGAGCCCAGGCCCUUCAGACACCACCGUGUGCACGCUAUGUGUGCCACACACUGUGUCAAAUCGCACUCGAAAUCAGACGGUGCUGGGCUUCCUCUUUCUUCAGAAAUGGCAAGUGCCUUGACGAGACUUGAUCGUCGCGCAGCAUCAGCCACUCUUGUCUCGAGGCUACAGGUUGGGUGGAGAGGAGAGGCAAUCAGACCGCAGGCUGGGCGGAGUUGCGGCUCAUCAGCUGGCUGUAAUCGUUGAUCAACGUCACCAGUCUAUCCCGUGUUGUGACAUGGAGCCCCCAAGACUCCGCUGGGCCGCUGAAGAAGUCAGAUCGCGGAGGGGGCCUCCUGUUCCUGUUGCUGUAUCGCCCGUAAUAGACACACACACAGCUGCUGGGUGCCGUUGCGCAGGUUUCCCGCAAUCUGCAACUUCAACCUGCGCUCAGAACCCGCACAGCUGGGCUUGAUCGAAGCGCCGAUGAGCUGUGCGGAGCGCGUCAUGCGCGAGUUCAUCCCACCUAUACCGGCCAUCUGCAUGCUGCAUGCAACUCAGCGCGCGCGUGUGCUCGAAGGAGCGUAGCGAACCGCGGGCGUCUUUGUGCACCAUGCAGCUUAAACAUCAUUGGAGAUUUCGACAGUGGUCAAAGUCCAGAGUCUAAUUCCCGGUUUGAUUUCAAGUCCCGCAAUUUGUAUUCCAUGGAUGUGGAGUUACUAAGCCCAGACCCGCCCAUCGUACUCGGCCUCGGGCGUAAAGCCUCAUGCUUUGCUGCUUGCUGCUGCUUGCUUCACACUGCAUCAUCUAUUUUGGACCGAUUUGGCGCGCACGGUCUGCUGGACCCGGGAGGCCCUCUCGCUCGUCAGAAUGCACGUUUGCGCAUCGUCUCACCAAAACGCGAUCGAACCUCGAUGCGGUCGGCAGCAGCGCGCUCAUAACAGUCGUGCAUUUCGUGGCGUUGGUUCGAUCUCACUGUCACUGGAUAGGCUCGCGGUCGAAGUUUCAAGUCUUCUUCUUCAUCUUUCGAUCCAAACCACACGCAAGCCGCCCUUCCCAAAGCCCCACACCAGCUGGUAGUGCCGCGGCGCACUAGAAGCCGCAGACAGAAUUGCUUUCACCUCGUGAUCCGAGCGUCCAGUUGUCGCACAGCCUUCUUGCACCAUGCCAACGCUGCGGUCUAGAGCCUCUUCAGGCUCGCUGAAGCUGAAGCGCGCAGCUUCUGACGCUCGUCAUCGCGCCAUGUCAUCCGUCUCUUCAAUCAGCUCAGUGGCCCGUCUGCCGUUCUCCCAGACUGACGAACCCGUGCCUGCUGUCCCUCCCACCUACUCUGCCGACACUUCGAUCUCAAACGCUUCUAUGGACGAUGAACGCAUGACCGGAUCGUCGUUCCCAUUGCGGACUGAUGACGACGCCGCCGGGCCUUCCGUACAUGACCCAUCAUCAUCGUCCACUCGCGACAAAUCUCCAUCGAAUGGCGUUGCUGGUCCGCGUGCUUCGCGCGCCGUCUCUGCAGUCAACGAGACGGUCUACUCAUUCCGUUUGCUGGAAGCCUUGCGUAGUGGUGAGUUCACUUCAGUGGCAGGUUAGGGUUGCUGCCACUACAAGCUGAUAGGCCUCGCCCAUGCGCGUUUCCCUGUCUUCAGGAAACCAGACCGAGCUGCACCCUUUCCUCACCAAGGGUGCAGCGCGAGGCGCCGCUGUCAAGGAGCUCACUAGUCCGCUACACUUGGCUGUGCGAUGUGCCGAAUGUGAGUCACGUUCGUAAGGGCGUGUGGGGCAGGUCAAGACAGCUCACGCUGCAUUGCAUCCUUGAUAGACCCAACCAUCGAGCUCUGUCUGGAGUACAAAUCGGCGACGCUAAAUGCAAAGGACUCCAUCAAUGGCAAUACGCCCCUGCACCUUGCCAGUAGCGUAGGAAGGGCAGACGUCGUGCAGCUGUUCUUGGACCAAGACGAUGUGGACGAUACCAUCACGAACAAUGAGGGUAAGGAACCUAUGUCUGUCGCCAAGACGCUUGAAAUUGCGCAGAUAUUUCAAGGUGUGUCUGGCGUCGCUUUACUUGCUAGCUGCGAAGCAUGGUGGCUCAUCAGCUCUGUAUCCUCUCAACUUCACAGUCUCGCGAGCUGAGCUUAACGUCAAGUACUUGCAGACUCUCGAAGCAUUUGAGCGCGAUCAGGUGGGAUCAGACGAAUUGCUCGCCUUGCUCGACAGGCCCAGGGUCAAGGCAAUCGACUUGAACGCGCAAACCAGACUGUCUGGCACUACCUUGCUGCACGAAGCUGUUCGCAGAAAGGACCCCAAACUCAUCGAGACGGCGGUCCGCAAGGGUGCGGACAUCUUCUGCCGCAAUCGAAAGGGACGCCGGGCGGUGGAGACGACCAAGGACGAGAAGAUCAGAGCUCUGCUACAGCAGCUUUCGAAUGCGGACGCUGCGCGGGCUGUGCAGCAGUCUGCAGCAGGUUUGCCACCGAUCUUCCGUGGCUACCUUGCCAAGUGGACCAACAUUGCCGGCGGAUACAAGACUCGGUGGUUCGUCCUCGAGAACGGUAUCUUGUCCUACUACCACACGCAAGAAGAGGAGGGCAAACAAUCGAGGGGUUCGACCAAUUUGCGAUUCGCCAAGAUUCGCGCGGACACCAACGACAAGCACCGAUUCGAGGUGCAUUCCGAUGCGUCGCGCGGGUCAGCUUCAAAGCUCUUCUUGCGGGGUUCGCAUCCUAUCGAAAGAGCUCGAUGGGUGCAGGUGCUUCAACAGACCGUAGACUUCUUCGAAAUGGAGCGCGCUCCCAGCAGAUCCGACUCGCAUAGCGCCCAAAGCGUUCGCGGGUCGAUCAGAACACCGUCCACGACCAGCUUGCUGGACAACACAUCUACAUCCCAUGUUCCUGCCGGCACAAAGGGCGUGCCAGGAGGAACCGUGUCAGUGCCAUCUAGGACAGGCACGCCAUUCCGCAAUAUCUCCAUGGCGGCUACUCCUACGAUUCCAGAGGGCGGUCAGCCUGCUCUUGUAGCGCCUGUGCCACGGGCAGCUCCUGCAGGCGGCAUACUAGAGCGCAGCGACUCGAGCACUGGCGGUCGGGCGCCCUCCGUUCGUUCCUUGCAGGUCGGGCGCACACCCAGCCUCGCCAGCCUAGGAUCCCAUACACCAUCCGACGAGAAGGAGGCGGAGCUCGGCAACGACGUAGACAAUGAUGAUCGGCCUCGCGGUAUCCCCUACGAAGACUCGAUUGCUUUACUCAGCACCAACCUGCGGACCCAGGUUGAACUCGCGCACCAGCUUGCGAGCAGCUUGAAUGCUCCUCCUGCAGCAUCGAUCACACAGUCGCCCGACCGCACAAGCUUCAUGUCGACACGCGCGGCUUUCUCAGCUAGUCCGGAAGGCGUGCGCGACGCUUUGCAAGAUGCUAUCAAGAACAGCGCUAGCCUGCUAGCUCGCUACCAAGAAAUCGUAUCGGAGCGGGAAGCUUACUUGCUGCGGCGUUAUGAACAAGAGGUGAGUGGAGAUGUUGAUCGCGUGCAGACGCUGAGUACGUACUCACCCGACUCUUUUGGUCCCACAGAUACAAGCCAAGCGGUUGUGGGAAGAGAACAUGCGCGUUCUGGCGCAGCAGCAUGCGGACAUGGAGCGCCAGCUUUCGGAAGCUGUAGAGGAGAAUGCUCGACGUCGCAAGGCACUUAGGGGCAUGAGGGACGUCAUCGCCAGCUCGCCCGCCGGCACCAUCUCGAGCCCACGUGGUGGAGUUGCUUCCCCUAUAGGCGCAGACACGUUUGCAUCACCUCAGGGUUCUUUGGCUCUUCGUCGGCAAGGGGCCGAGGGCGCUCUUCAGCUUGGCGAGUCGGUGCCGGCGCCUCUUUCGGGCCCAGCUGCUACCCUAGACAGCCUGCUUUCUGAAGACACCGCGCAGGACGCCGAUGACGAAUUCUUCGACGCGAUCGACAAUGACAACCUGCCCGGCCUUGUCGUGGAAACGCCUCUGGUGUCCGCAAAAGACGCGCGAGAGGAUGCGACGUGGCCCAAGGAGUUUGACUCGAAGCGCAUCGAUGAGGAUGCUUACGAGCCCUACAAGCGCUUGCGCACAAAGCUGCCCAUUGGCCACGACGAGAGACCUAGUGUUUCUCUGUGGGCUGUGCUCAAAAACAACAUUGGCAAGGAUCUGACGAAGAUCACAUUUCCCGUCGCUUUCAACGAGCCUACAUCGAUGCUGCAGCGAAUGGCGGAAGACCUAGAGUUCCCUGGCUGUCUAGAUGCCGCGGCCUCUUCAUCCGAGUCUUCGAAGCGUCUCGCUUUCGUAGCAGCGUUUGCAGCAUCGAAUUACUCCAGCACCAUUGGUCGCAUUGCCAAACCGUUCAAUCCGAUUCUGGGAGAGACCUUCGAAUACUGCUCAGCCGGCAGCAGUCCAUACCGCUACGUCAGUGAACAAGUUUCGCACCACCCGCCUAAAUCUGCAUGCUUGGCCGAAGCACCGUUAUGGAAUUAUAUGGGCAGCGUCGACGCGAAGUCAAAAUUCACUGGCCGCAGCUUCGAGAUCACGCCGACUGGUGUUGCUCAUGUGGAACUCAAGCUGCCUACAGAGUACUGCAAGAACGCGGUGAAGCCACUUCCAGCUGCAAAGGGUAUGGUCGAAAAGCGCGUGGUGGAACAUUACAGCUGGAGUAAGGUCACGACGGUUGUGUCUGGCUUCUUGACCGGUUCAAUCACCAUCGAUCAUGUUGGCACACUGGUGGUCAAGAACCAUGCAACCAAUGAAAAGUGCGAGCUGAACUUCCGCCCACGCGGUUGGAGAGGAGGUAACGCAUGCGAGAUCCGUGGAGCAGUUUACGAUGCUGCAGGUCAGGUGCUCUGGGACAUCGCAGGCAGGUGGAGCACCCAGCUCGUUGCUCGUAGACGUGCUGCUGGGCAGGCGGACCUGAAUCCGGAUGAAGACAUCGGACAUGGUGGUACUGGAGCCGAGUACGUUCUGCUCUGGCGCAACAAUCCCAAGCCUCCUGCGGCCUUCAACCUCACCGCAUUCGCUGCUACUCUGAACUCCUUGCCUAGUGGGCUUGAGACGUGGUUACCGCCUACCGACUGUCGCCUCCGACCAGACUUGUCUGCAGUGAGUUUUCCGAACCGGCUUCAUGCAGACCGAGUUUGAGCUGAUCGUGUGUGUCUCAUCUGAUCUGCAGUUCGAGAGCGGACGCUUCUCUGAAGCUGACGUGCUCAAGGGCAAGCUGGAGGACCACCAAAGAGCAACACGUCGCAAGAGAGAGGCUGGUGAACUACCACCUCACAAGCCCCGCUGGUUCAAAGAGAUCAUCGAGCCAGACUCGGGAGAGUCGAUGUACGAAGCUUUGAGAAUUCAGGGUGCCAGUGGAGAGCCUGAGGCCGAGUACUGGGCGGAACGUUCGCGCGUCGGCAAGGAGCGGGUGAGCGGCGACAAGGAUGCUGCCUGGAAGGGCGCCGAUCCCAUCUUUGGCGAUCUCACCGCCUCCCGGGCUAGACCAUGA